AUGAACCAACAAAAUCAGAACAACUUGAAUGGACAAUUUCUACCAGGUAGAAAACAUCCCACCACCUGGGAACAGAACUAUGCCAUUAUCUUUGACUUAACAAGUAAAAAAUUAUACAAGGCAGACCGCUCAGAUAUUGAUACAUCAACCCACUUCCGCAUUGCUCUUCCCCGUCUUCUCCUAUUUGAAGAAGAUACCAUCAAUGUGGGUAGGCUACACAACUCCGAUAGCCAAGAUGCAGAACUCGUGGCUAAAGUCAGCGUCAAUUCUCUCGGAUUAAGAGAACAAAGAUUGAGAGGGAAUAUCAUGGAAUGUUGGGUUCUGGAUAACGCGAAGGGAAAUACGCAGGGCACAUUGGUGGGGUGGAAAUUUAGGGACGCUUUUGAUUACUUUGGUAAGAAGUAA